AUGCCCAUUGAAUCCGCUUCGUCAACCACCAGUUUACCCCAUCUACAAAUUGGUGGUAGGAAAUCAAAACUCGCAGUUGUGCAGUCCCAACUAGUCCAACAAGCUAUUCAGAAAAUCUAUCCAGACUUGCCUAGCUCGAUACUUGCAUUAAGCACCUUGGGCGACAAAGUGCAAACCCAACCCUUGUACACCUUUGGUGGGAAAUCACUUUGGACCAAGGAGUUGGAGAUCUUGUUGAUGGACGGUAUCGAUGACGAGUUUCCGCGUUUAGAUCUCAUUGUACACUCAUUAAAAGACAUGCCAACCAACUUGCCUGAAGAGUUUGAGUUGGGCUGUAUUUUUCAAAGAGAAGAUCCAAGAGAUGCUAUAGUUAUGAAACAGGGCAGCCCAUACAAGUACUUGAGAGACUUGCCUGCUGGAUCCAUUGUUGGAACUUCGUCCAUUAGAAGAUCUUCACAGUUGAUUAAGAACUAUCCUCAUUUGAAGUUUGAGAGUGUUCGAGGUAAUAUCCAAACGAGAUUAAACAAGUUGGAUGAUCCAAGCAACCCUUACUGUUGUCUCAUAUUGGCGAGCGCCGGCUUGAUCAGGUUGGGCUUGGGCGGUAGAAUUACCUCGUGUUUGGACGAGGUGUACUAUGCCGUUGGCCAAGGUGCUUUGGGCAUUGAAAUUAGAAAAGAUGACCACCAAGUGAAGGAAAUAUUAAAGAAAAUCGAAGACCCCGUAGCAACUAUAUGUUGUCUUGCUGAACGAUCGUUGAUGAGAUACCUUGAAGGUGGCUGUUCAGUUCCACUAGGUGUGCACUCAGAGUAUAACGAAUCUACCAAGAAAUUAACAUUGAAAGGAAUAAUAGUGAGUCCCGAUGGAAGCAAAUCCAUUGAGGAUGAAGUAACAAAAACAAUCGAGUCUAGAGAAGAUUGCGAAGCAGUGGGUAUUGAUUUGGGUGACCGAUUAAAAGCAAAAGGAGCUAAGGAGAUCCUAGAUAGCAUUGAUAUGACAAGAAACAUCAAUGCCAGACCAACAGAAGUAUGA